AUGUUGUCAAAACCGUCGAGCCCUCAACACAUUUUUGAACUGCUGGAAGACGCGGCAGCAGCAGGCAAUGACAAUGGCUUGCUUUUCCUCGAUCGUGGAUGGAGUGAGGCUCCGUCGAGGGUAACGUACGCAGAGCUUUACGAGCAAGCAAAGAUCAAUGGAUCUCGAUUGGUCAAUGCCGGCAUUGUGGAGAAGGGUUCGAUAGCCAUCACGUACUUCGAGACCCAUUGGGAAAACGUACUUUGGUUCUGGUCCGUCACCGCAGCAGGAGGCAUCUGUGCUGUGCUCAAUCCAGUCUCCAAUGAGCCCAAGACAGCUGCUGGCCAGCUGGACAAUCUCAAGUCGUUGUUCGGCGAUGCUCCUGUACUGACGACACACAAGCUGUCUGCAUUCUUUGCCUCUCGAAAGCUCAAUGUCAAGACUGUCGAGCAAAUCGACAAACGAAAAUCCGACAAUGGCGCCAUUUCCAGCGGACUGUCAAAGAUUAGCCGUGAUGAUAUUGCGGCAAUUCUGUUUACUUCGGGGAGCACUGGGCAUUCCAAAGCCGUCCAGUAUUCGCAGGCUCAAUUGAUUCGUUCUGUGGAGGCUAAAUCUUCACAUCUGUCGACGUACGACAAGACGUUUAUGUCCUGGAUCUCAUUCGAUCAUUCGGCCUGUUUCUGCGAAGUCCAUCUCCAAGCCAUCUAUAAUGGCACAGACCAGGUGUUUCUUCCCACAUCGGACCUGGUGCUUGAGCCGUAUCGAUUCUUCCAUGUGUUGAGUCAAUACAAGAUCGGCUACACAUUCUCGCCGAACUUCUUCCUGGCAGUUGCAGCAAAGUCACUGGAGAGCCAGCCGGAUGGCGUGGAUGGUGUUGACCUGAGCCAUCUUUCGGUCAUCAUGUGUGGUGGCGAAGCAAAUCGAACAACGACACUCCACGCCACUGACAGGAUCCUUCGACAAUGUGGAGCUCCACCGCAUACCAUCAAGGCCGCGUAUGGGUUGAGUGAGACAUGCUCUGCAUGUUACUACAACCUCGAAAGUCCAGACUACGACGUGCGGAAUGGCAACACCUUCGCCAGCGUUGGAAAGCAUCUUCCUGGAGUUAUGGAGGUGAAAAUCGUCAGCCGCGAGGACGAUGAUCAGGCCAAUCCGGAUGAAGGGCUCGUAUUUGUUCGCGGAGACGUCAUCUUCAAAGGCUAUUAUAACAACCCAACCGCAACGGCGGCAUGUAUGACCGACGAUGGCUGGAUGAACACGGGCGACAUUGGCAGAAUCGAUGCCGAAGGUAACCUCCAUCUUCUCGGCCGCCAGAAAGAGGUUCUCGUCCUGAACGGCAACAACUACUCGUCGUUCGAGAUCGAGUACGCCCUAGAGACUGCGGGUAUAUCGGGCCUGGAAGUCUCAUAUACCGCUGCCUUUUCGACCUGGGACCAGGAAAGGAACUCAGAGGCGGUGGUAAUCCUGUUUAAUCCAACGGAGGCCGCUAUUGGACCUAAGAAUAUGCGAGCCACUCUUCAAGCCAUUGACAAGUGCGUUUUCACCGUCUGUGCACAGAAACCAUUGCACGUCAUUUCUCUGCCCAAGGUGUUAAUGCCCAAAUCAACGAUUGGGAAGCUGUCUCGGGCGAAGUUAAAGCAGUCUUUCGAGACCGGAGGAUUCAAUGACUACAUCCUCGGCCUUGACCAGGCUGCCAACGCGGCCAGUGAUCAAAAGACGACCAAUGGGGCCCGCUCUCUGGACUCGCUGCCUCCACUGCAGAGAGAAAUUGCGCAAAUCUACGCAGGAAUCGUUAAUGUGCCACCAGAGGAUCUCAUAGGACCGGAUGCUCUGCUUUCGUCCGGUAUCAACAGUCUGGGAUUCAUGCGGUUGAAGAAGGCUCUCGAGAAGGGCCUCAAGAUUCACCAGGAAAUUCCGAUGCCGUUGCUGCUCCGAUGUCACUCGCUCGCAGAUUUGGAGUAUGAGCUCACACUUCUUGGAACAGUCUCGCAGCAAUAUGACCCCAUCGUGCCUUUGGCGACCGAAGGCAGCAAGCAACCGCUAUUUCUUCUUCAUCCGGGUGCUGGAGAGUUCCUAUGCUGGAUUGGGCUAUUAAAGUAUCUGCCAGACCGUCCAAUCUACGCCUUGCGCGCCAGAGGCCUUCAUCCUGGUGAAGGUACAUUUGACGGCCUGCAGGAUCUUCUGGACACGUACUACCAAGCCAUUCGCCGUGUACAGCCCAAAGGUCCAUACGCUUUCCUGGGUUAUUGUUUCGGUGGUCUCUUGUGCUUCGAGUUAGCCAAGAUGUUCGAAGAAGCUGGAGAAUCCAUCGUUUUCUGUGGCGGGAUCGACAACCCUCCAAACCUCAAAGUCACCAUGGGACAGGUCCAGUAUCGAACACUGAUGUUUGAAGUGUUGCCGGUCGUAACAGACAUGACCGAGGCAGAGUCCAACUCUUUCAAGGAAGAGACCGCUCACUUGAGCGACGAGGAGUUUUAUGAGGUGCUGUUCACCAAGUUCUCUCCAGAAUUCAUCGAGAACAUGGAUCUGACGGUUCCGCGUCUCCAGGCCUUCGGAAGAGUCGAGGAUUGCAUGCGGCUGAUUGUGGACAAGUACGAACCCAGCGGGCAAGUCAGUACGACAGAUAUCUUUCGUGCUGAUCCCAUGCCGCAUUUCGGCUCUACUCCUGAAGUCUGGAAGAGCGAGGUACUAGGCGGGUGGCGAGGUUUUGUCAAGGAUGAGAACGUCGCGUUCCAUGAUGUCCCUGGAACGCACAUCUCUUUGAUCAAAGAGCCCCUCAUUGCUGACUUCCAGCGAACGUUGAACGAAGCGUUGGAGAAGCGUGGAGUUUGA